AUGGUGACACCACAAGCGAAUGGCGGGCACAUGACCUACACAUUCAUCGUGGAGCACCUUGAUCCAGAAUUGGAAGAGUGGCAGACUCUGGAAUACAACACCAUCUACAAAGAGUCCGAAGCCAAUGGCCACAAAUUCUUGCUCUCCGGCCUGAGUCCUUCGUUCGCCGGUUCCAAGGGACUCUCGCUCCCAGAAACGAGCAAGACAUCUCGCACAGCUGAGUCCAUGUAUCCCGGCGACGCAAAGCAGAGAGUCUGCCUCCUGGAUCCUAAGGCAGAGAAAGACAUUGGCCCGGAAGAUGCAGAUUCGUUUGACGCUUUCCUCUUUGGCGGUAUUCUGGGCGAUGAUCCACCUCGGGACCGUACUGGUGAUCUGAGAAAGCUCGGCUUUCCUGGACGGAGACUUGGUCCCGAGCAGAUGACUACGGAUACGGCUGUCAGGGUCACGAGGAUGGUCGUACAGAAUGGGAGUAAGUGACGGGCUACUAUCAGCGCAAGAAUACCCUACACCUCUGCUGAAACUACUCUAGUGACCCUCGCCGAGAUCCCAUUCAUUGAUCGCCCGGAGUUCCACAUCCCAUCGGCGCCUGGGCCAGACGGAAAAGCAGGUAUGCGGAGUGUGUUGUCCGCUCUGUUUGCCUCACUCGCUGACAUCUACAUUAGGACCUGUAGAAACUAUCGACAUGCCCUUCAAAUACGUCAGGGAUACCGCCACCGGCCAACCUAUACUGCCAGACGGCAUGCUGGAUCUCCUCGCGAAGGACGCAGACAAGGACAUCCUCGACUUGCUCUGA